AUGCUUCGAACGCUCGUCGCGCGACACGCGGCAAGGAGUCGAAUAGUGCUCAUCAACAGCAGUAGCGACUUUAACGUCGGGGUGUUUUUUCUCCGGGAGCACUGUUCUCGUGGUCGAUUCUUUGGUGGCGUCGCGUUCACGCAACAACAACAACAAAAACAGCCAAAAACAACAGAAGUCGUGACAUCAUCAUCAAAAGCGGUAAAAACGACGAGGAAAAGUGAGGAGACGAAUAGAAGACGAAUGUCUUCUUCUCCUUCUUCGCGCGAUGAUAAUGAUGAUGACGACAACACGCAGUUAUUGAAUGCUAAAUACGGUGAAAAUAUAUACACCGGAGCGUUCUCGAAAACCGUGAAACGAGUAAAAAUGCUCUCCUUGGGCUCCUUAGGGGCAACCGUCUUCGGCUGUCCUUUACUCAUAGAACUGUCCUCCGGGGCGAGCUUAGAUAUGUCCUCGAAAAUCGUAUUAGCCGGAAGUAUGAGCAGCAUCGGCCUGUUUACCACGGUAAUGUUGCAAUGGUUCGUCAAUCCGUACGUUCGACGGUUAUGGGUCGACUCCGAGACGAAAACAAAAGUCACCGCGGAGAAGACGAGUUUGUUGUUGCAAACGUAUUACGCCAAAUUCGAGUUGAAAGAUAUGGGAGUGUGCGAAUCGAGUCACCCGCUGGUCACGUGGGAGGCGAACGGAGAGAAAUUUUACGUGGAACCUGCGUCGACGUCGGAAGAGACGUAUAAGUUGUUGGAAUUGCAACGGUUUGAACCGGACACGUCGAAAGACGCGCCGAUGGGAUACGACGACGACGAAGACGACGACGACGGACGCGAGAAGAAUAAAAACACCUAG